CGAAUUUGCAGUGAAUUCCACUUAAUUUCUGUAUAAAAAAAACAUAUUUUGUUAAAUUCAUCAUGGGUCUUGAUCUUCUGGGUUUCGCUUACGCCGCUACCGUGGCCGCUGGAGGCAUUAUGGGAUACGCAAAAGCAGGUUCCGUUCCUUCGUUAGGCGCUGGUCUCAUCUUCGGUUCCAUUCUUGGUAUAGGCGCAUAUCAGCUUAGUCGAGAUCCCUCUAACUACGCUCUCAUGUUAGGAACCACCACGACACUCGGAGGUCUUAUGGGAUACAGAUUUUACAACAGUCGCAAGUUCAUGCCAGCUGGUCUCGUUUUCUGUCUCUCCGUGGGCAUGGCUGUUAAACUAUUGGUCAAGAACGUCGCAAACAACAGUCCCAUCAAGACGGGUUAAUUGUUAUGUUAAUUAUUCUUAUUUACACUCUGAUGUCUGUCUGUAUUUAUAUAAAAUAUGUUUCGGGGUUCAAACUUACGUCAGUCAGCCCAUACGUUUUUUUGAGUGUGAGGCUGAGAUUUGUAAAACGAAAUUUGACCAAGCAAAAAUGGUGAACUUAGCAAAUUUUUCGUAUAUACAAAGCGAUCUUUUGUCUUUUUGAAUAAAAAUAAAACGUGCGCAAUUGACCUCAAAGUGACGAUAAGGUCGACAAUGUGGCACGCGCACCUAAAUAAUGCCUAUUCACUCUCGCGUUGAAAAGUUUAAGCAAUAUAUUAGAAGUAAAGAGUAAACUCAAAGUUUCAUUUAUUGCCUAAAAAUUUCGUUUUAUAAAUCACGGCCUUAGGACAGUUGGCAAAUAAAAAGACAGACACCAGAGCAAUUGUAUAGUUUUGUGUAGAAUGACAUCAUUUUCUUGUAUAUUUCGACGGUACCUGUGUUCAGAAGCAUUUUCCUAUCUAUUUAUUGACUUGUAUACAGUGUCAUAGAUGUAGAUAUUUAUUUUCACCCUAUGAAAGUUUCUUGAAUUUGAAACCAACACCCUCUGAGAGAAUAUUUUAAUUACGCAAUCGAAUUGUAUAGCUAAAGGUAUAAUACAGGGUGGCAGUGACAGGUUGCCGAAAACAGUAGAUUUAGACCAUCAUCCAUAUUUGAAAAUCACAAGCUGAAUAUUUUAUGUUUCGCUACGCAAUGUGUUACUAAUAGCGCGAUCGUACCGCUGCGCAUUACACGGGCACGCGGCCGUAUAGCGGUGCAGGCGGCGGGGCGGCGGCGGUGAGGGCCCCGCCAUUCAUGGACUGCUCGUGCUUCUACGCUGUUGGUUGGGAUUACAACAACUAUCCGAGCUAUUACACUGUGAUAGAAACACUCGAAUCGCAUAACGAAUAACGGUUUUAUUAGAUACAUAAUGAGAUUCUCAAAUCUUGCCUCAAACAGUCUCACUUGCGAACAGUAUAAGAUACGGCUCAAAAUGGCCGCCACACAAUUGCUCGCAGAGUCGGAAAGUUUCUGCGUGUAGACAGAGCAUCAGCACUAGCUAUCUGCAGUACCUACGCUACUCGGCGUAGUGCUUUUCCAGGCACCAGAGCUCGCACUGUGUAGAUUCGGUACGGGCAUUGCUGGUCUUUAUGUAACGCUUUGAGCACAAUCCAAUGUGAAACUUGUGAGCCAUUGUGUCGUCGUUAGUGCUUUGCAGCAGUACGGGUUUCCAAGUCCAAAAUUACCACAUAAAAUCUGAGGGCCAGUGAUGCGCUCCCUCGAGCUUCACCGAGACACAGAGCAUUUGCCCGUAUUCACGCGCCUUAAACGAUACAUUACGGCGACGAUCCAUAAUGAAUAAAAACACUACACAGCACGCAACACACAAACGCACCCCACAAUCACUCGUUAUCGAUCGGUUUUCGCUAGUGACAUAACACACCCGAACUCGCCGAAACACGUGGACGAACUAGCAAGCAAGAAGAAGAUACACGCCUCGCUUUUAUGUGGAUAUCGUCGUCUACAACAUUAUUAAUUAAUAAAAAUACAAAACUAUUCGAUAUCAAUGAAUAGCUAUUUAUUUAUUCAUUUCUACAAAUAAUUCCUCGAGCUGUUAAAAUUGAAUUUAUUAAAAUUGUAACAUUUCGAAGCAUCACGUCAUGCACAAAACCAUACUUACUUAACCGAUUUUUGUCGAUUGAUAUGAUCGUUAGAAGACCACUAAAUUUAA